CACGUCGGUGGUUGCCCGGUUGCCUGGACAGUCUCGCUACUCUGGGUCACGACCGGGCCGCCGUUUGCAACUGCGAACCCUGCGCCAGUCCCUCUUUCCCACAGCCCGCCCGUGCAAUCUGUGAUUCAUCGCCACAGUGACUUGCAACUCGUACCCCUUCUUCUCCGAUCCGCAAACGCUCACACUGCCUCCUCUCAUCCCAGCACACUGUGAUUUCUCCAGAGCCUUUUACACCCACACUCGUCAGCAUUGAAAUCUUUAUUCCACCGCAACUCCUUGUACUCGCCCGACAGCGCAGACAUGGUGACCUACAAAAGACCCGACAACGAGCUCAUUGGACGCAUGAACCGCCUUAGUAUGGCUUUGGGCACAGAGGUCACUCUGUGUCCCAGAGACGAGACCGAUGGUGAUGGCGACAAUGACCCUGCCCCGAAUGAUACGAAGAAGGACGAGAUGGACUGGGAGCAGUCGCAAUUCGUGACUUCCGAGGUCACCAUGUCCAUCACGCGAGCGGUAGAUGAGGGUAUGAGACUCGAUGAGAGAGCAUCCAGGACUACGAGAGUUCGGGCCGAUACUGCCAGCUCAUCUGGUCUCUUUUGUCCUUGGAAGACGAUUAAGGCAUAUCCGUAUCGGUUCAUUGGAAAGCGCAACCGACCACGGGCUGUUCCGUUCUUCGAGGACAUCCUGAAAGGCAGACUUUGGGACUUCUACUACCUCCAUGACCCGCGCAAUCCGGACAAGAAGCCGCACCUGCUCGUGCCAACCGUCCAGUUUGAGGCCUUCCUCUGCGGAAUUAAUCGAGAGCUCGACACGCAGCUGACCAUACCACCGGGCCAAAAUCGCCACAAGUUCGGCUUCAACUUUGAAGAACGUGGUCGCAUGCCGCGGCCGCGGUAUCUUGCACGCUCGGAGAACCAGGACAGUCUGCAACACAUCGACUGGCCGAAAUUUGCCGAAGAGGACGCGGUAGGCUUCAAUGAGGCCUCCGAAGCGGACCAAGCGGCUUUCGUUAAGGAGUUUGACCGGCUCCUCGUGCCAAACCCCAUUACCCACUCUGAAAGAACCCUCGAUCGGGCGAGGCAAAAGGCGUUCGAUCGACGGGCAAUGAUGGAGCAGGUGCAGAAGCAUCUGGGGCUUGAGCUAACGGAGGAUACUCUUCGUCUCCGGCCCGUCUUUAUUUGCGUAGAUAUCGAGGCGCUGGAGGAUCCCCCUCAUCCCGUUUCCGAGGUGGGCAUUGCCAUCUUGGACGCGGAAAAGAUUCGAAUCAUUGGGUCAGGCACGAGUGGCUCGAACUGGUGGCCUUCCGUCAAAUGCAUCCAUCUUCGAACAGAAGAGUACCGCGACUUGAAGAACCACAAAUAUGUGCAAGGCUGCCCGCGCGACUUCAACUUUGGGGCGAGCCUUUUCCCGAGGCAAGAGGACCUAGCCCUCCAUAUCCGCCGGAUAGUCGGCCGAAUCAGCGAUGACGGCCGCCGCGACCUGUUGUUCGUUGCCCAUGACACAAAGCAGGAUCUCAAGUUCCUUCACCGCAUCGGCGUCGACUUUAUGGCACUGCCUGGUGUCGUAGGGGAGAUUGAUACAGUUACAUUGCAUCAGGAGUGGCGCAAUUCAAACGACGCCCGGAGCCUGCGCACUAUGCUGUCGGAUCUCGGCAUCGACUACAGCAACCUGCACAACGCGGGCAACGACGCAAUGUACACCAUGCGUGCCAUGCUGGGUCUCGCGACAGAGGCUUUGCGCAAGAGCUCGGCAGAGGCUCGGGGAGAAAACAUCAGCGACGCUGAGUCUGGGCACGCAGUCGGUUUUGCCUUUAGGACGCGGGCCUCGGGGGAACUAGUAUUGAGAUAUGAGCGAGGAGCGAGUUUGGUUGCGCGUGGGCAACCUCUGAAUUAUGCAACAACAUCGUGCUGGCCUAGUAGACGUCUCGUCCAACAGGCCACACUACUCUAGCUAGCUAGCUUUCGAAACAACCC